CCAGCCUCCAGGGACAGAACCUUCUGAAACUGGGGGCGGAGGCGCUGAUUUUCCCGCCUAAAGCAUCCUCCGGGAUUGGCUACUUUAAGUUCAGAGCACGCAUGCUCUGACUUUCUCUCUCUUUCGAUUCUUCCAUACUCAGAGUCAGACUGCUCCCGGUGCCAUGAAUGGAGAGGACACCCUUGCAAGGAGACCCACGGUUGGUGCUCAAAUACCAGAGAAGGUACAAAAGGCCUCCGAUGAUAUUGCCAAAUACUUCUCUAAGAAAGAGUGGGAAAAGAUGAAAGCCACGGAGAAAAUCACCUAUGUGUAUAUGAAGAGAAAGUAUGAGGUCAUGGCUAAACUAGGUUUGAAGCCCACCUUCCCACCUUUCAUGCGUAAUACAGGGGCCACAGACCUCCAGGGGAAUGAUUCUGAUAAUGACGGUAACCGUGGGAAUGAGGUUGAACGUCCUCAGAUGACUUUCGGCAGGCUCCAGAGAAUCUUCCCGAAGAUCACCCCCGAGAACCCAGCAGAGGAAGGAAGUGGUUGGAAGGGAGUGUCAGAAGCAUCUGCCCCACAGAACCAUGGGAAACAGCUGUGCCCCCCGGGAAAUCCAAGUACCUCUGAGAAGAUUCACGAGACAUCUGGACCCAAAAGGGGGGAACAUGCCUGGACCCACAGACUGCGUGAGAGAAAGCAGGUGGUGAUUUAUGAAGAGAUCAGCGACCCUGAAGAAGAUGACGAGUAACUCCCCUCAGGGAUAUGACACAUGCCCAUGAUGAGAAGCAGAACGUGGUGACCUUUCACGAACAUGGGCAUGGCUGCGAACCCCUUGUCAUCAGGUGUAUAGCAAGCGAAAGCAAGUGUUCACAACAGUGAAAAGUUGGGCGUCAUUUUUCUUAGUGUGCCAAGAGUUCGAUGUUAGUGUUUCCGUUGUAUUUUCUUACAGUGUGCCAUUCUGUUAGAUAUUAGCGUUUUCAUUGAUGAGCAAGACAUGCUUAAUGUGUAUUUCAGUUUGUGUAUCCAUGCACCUACCUCAGAAAACAAGUAUAGUCAGGUAUUCUCUCCACAGAACAGCACUACCCUGCUCUCUCCCCAACUGUGACUACUGAGGGCAGAUCUGAGUGUUUAAUUUCAGAUUUUCUCCUCUGCAUUUACACACCACAUACACAAACACACACACACACACACACACACACACACCAAGUACCAGUAUAAGCAUCUCCCAAAUGCUUUUCCCCGUUGCCAUGCGUCCUGGUCAAGCCCCCCUCAAUCUGUUCCCUGUGCAGCAUGUACUCCCCUCCUCUGAUUCCCCGUAUCAGUCACUCACAGUUAAUAAACAUUCGCAAACGUUC